AUUUAAUUUUCAUGAUUUUUUCAAAAUUAUUUUUUCAAAAUUUUAAUGGCCUUUUUGAAUAUAAUUUUGCAAAAGGGGCAUUUUGGUCAUUUGGAAUAUUCUGGAUGUUUUUUUUUAUGCUGGAAGAAUAUCCAGAGUAUAUAAAAUGAAUUUAUAAAAUUUUAUUAGAUUUAUUUGGACAUCUAAUUUAAUUUUAUGAGUUUUAGAAAAUAUUUACUGCCGUAGUAUUUUUUUUAGAACUGUCUGGGGUGAGCGCGGUUCACCCGGUGUAUGUAUAUCUCUAUUGCUUGUGUGGAUGUAUCAUAUGCAUGGUGGAUGGUUGUGGCUAUAGUUUAUUUGAUUAUAAUACGGCCUGCGUGUCGUGCCUUAUCUCUUAAACUCUUGUUGUAAAUCUAUUUCUCUCUCUUACCUCAACCGAGGAUUCUUUUCUCACGUGGUGGUUUGAAGACGAAAAGAUUUGAAGACCGUUUGGACAAAUCUAAAAGAAUGGAGAUAGCCCGAAGUCCAAGUGCCCGGAAGCUAGUGGGAGCUAUCGUUUUAUUUUUCUUUUAGGGGCCACAAUCAUUACACGUUUAUUUACUACGUUUUGUGAAUGCAUGUUGAAUGUAUGUUGAACGCUAGUAAUGUACAUGUGCGCGGCCAUGUCGAUAGGUGAGAUCGAAAUUAUAAAUCCCUCACAAAUAUUAAGUCUGUUGCCUUCUGACGCCCGGCACCUAUCCGGCUAAUGUGCACUGUCAUGUACUCAGCCUCAGCAGAGCAUAGUACGGUGUAUGUUAAGCUGGUUACGGGAACCGCCAUAGCGUGGUCGCUGUCGCACGUUGGGUUAGACUUAACUGAGUCUCGAUCAAAUGGAUGGACGACUCAGAGGCAGUAAGUUGGGGUCAUCAAUGACAAGUCGGAUGAUUUUACUCACUCAUUCAGCCAGGAGUUGGAUCUUUAUGAUUUAAUUGGAACUCUGUUCCUAACCAAAGUAGUCUGCUUGUAAGACGUGCCUCAGCCAAUUACAAGUAUGGUGAAAAGGUGUCCUGGUCCGGUUGUAGUAAUAUUGUUUGCCCAACACCAGACCAAGAGCUGAGAGCCCGGCUCAUCAGUUGGAACUAUGUUCCUACCUAAAUAGUUGUCUUGUGGAGUAACGCCUAAGCGGAAUGCAAGAUAAUGAAAUAUGGAUCUUGGCCCACUAGAGUUUUCGCCGGAAAUCUCCGAAUCAAUAUCGAGGGUUAUUGAUUUGUUAAAAAAUAGUGGGAGAUAAUUAAUUAAAGGCCUAAUUAAUUAUUAAACAUGAUAGAUAAUCUAUUUUGCAAAAUUUUCUGUAGAUGGCAAACAACAACAACCCUUUCAACCUGCGAUAUGUUCUAGAAAAGGAAAAAUUAUCUGGAACUAACUUUCUUGAUUGGGAGAUGAAUCUUAAGAUUGUAGAGCUUACGCUCUUUUUCGAAAUGCAGGAUUGUAGACUCGGAGGGUUUCGAGGACUUCGCUUGCGGGCACGACGAGAAAUUACUUCGUACCGGAAGUAUGAAGAUGACGCACGUGAUGUGAGAUGUCUCAUGCUAGCCACCAUGACCCCGGAGCUCCAAAGGCUCCACAAGGACAUGGAAGCUCAUCCUAUGAUGACUUGCUUGAAAGGUCUAUACCAAGGCCAGGCUAGACAUGAGCGUUUCAAAAUCUCUACGACUCUGUUUUCCAGUAAGCUGGCAACGGGUAACCCAGUUGGUCCCCACGUUCUCAAGAUGAUCGGUCAGAUCGAAACUCUUGAAAAACUGGACGCCCCGUUGCACCCUAUGCUGGCAACUGAUCUUAUCUUGGGAUCAUUACUAGCUGAGUAUAGUCAAACUGUAGUGAACUUCUACAUGAACAAACUAGAGAUGACUAUGCCUGAGCUACUGAAAUUCCUCACAACUGCUGAGGAGAGUCUAGGGAAGGGCAAGGGUAAGUCUGUCCUGAUGGUAGAGGGUAGUACUGUUGCGAAGAAGAGUGGGCCACGUUCGCCGGCCAGGACCAAGCGCAAGGGUUCUAAGAAACCCAAGCCAGCGUCCAACUCCUCUUCGUUGAAACCCAAAGAAGGAGCUAAGAAGAAGUCUGCAGUAUGCUAUUAUUGUGGCAAAAAGGGUCACUGGAGGCGCAACUGCGCAAAAUUACUGGCAGAGAGGAAAGAGGGAAAGAAACCUCAAACCUCAGGUAUCUUUGUUAUUGAAGUCAAUAUGUCUGAUAUCACCUCUUGGGUGAUGGAUACUGGAUGUGGUUCUCACAUCUGUACUUCUAUGCAGGAUCUGCAUGAACGUAGACAAUUGACGGAGGGAGAGAUACAACUAAAAGUCGGUAAUGGCGCACUCGUAAAUGCAUUAGCCGUCGGAACCUAUAGUUUAUCUCUACCGAGUGGUCUUGUAUUGCAGUUAAAUAAUUGUCUGUUUGUACCUAGUAUGAGCAGAAACAUCAUUUCUGUAUCCUGCCUUGACAAAGCAGGAUUUUCGUUCGUUGUAAAAGACAAAACUCUUUCUGUCUUUAGAAAUGAUAUAUUUUAUGCAAGUGCAAAAAUGACCAACGGUCUCUAUGUCCUCGACAUGGAUACCGCAGUAUAUAACGUUGAUGUUAAGAGAAACAAACCUAACAGUUUGAAUCUCGCGUACCUUUGGCAUUGUCGUUUGGGCCACAUUAACGAGAAACGCAUAUCUAAGUUACAUCGUUCCGGUGUACUUGAUUCAUUUGACUUCCAGUCAUAUGAUGUAUGUAAAUCUUGUUUACUUGGUAAAAUGACAAAGGCUCCAUUCACCGGUCACGGUGAAAGGGCGAGUGACUUAUUGGGCCUCAUACACUCUGAUGUUUGUGGUCCAAUUAACACUGUAGCUAGAGGUGGUUAUUCUUACUUCGUUACAUUUACUGACGACCUUAGUAGAUAUGGAUAUGUAUUGGCCAUAGUGCAAGUGGGAGAUUGUUGGAGUUGUGCCCUGAUGGCCAACUGUUUAUCGUUAUUCUAUCAUGUAUAGGCAGAUAUAAUAUGUUUACACAUCUCAUGCUAAUGUAAACAAAUAUUAUAUUCCUAGAUUUAUAUUUAAAAGAUGUUUAUCAGAUAGUGUUCUUCUGCUGAUGAGACUAACAUCUUGAAAUAAAUAUUUAUCUAAAUGUCCAUAGUCGAGUAUUAACGAGAGUGGGAUAUCGUUAAUGCAUGUGAGACUAGUGUGUGUUGGAUGUUUGACUUAGUCUCAUAGUCAAUGACGGUGUGUUCGCAUCCGCACAUGGGCAGAUAUUAUCUAGAAAUAAUAGGAUGCCGGACUGACCCAUCCUAAAGAUGUUGCUUGAACUUUUAGUUCAUGCUCUAAGCAUCUUUGGCGCGACCACGGGUGUAACUAUCCUUCGACUUGAAGUAUUACGUUUUCUGCAUAUGUGAACCCGCAUACUUUGAUGCAUUGUCCUAAGCCAUAUGAAAUAAGGAUGAUAUACAGGCUUUGUUUUGGGUAUGCCGCAGCGCGUAUUCAGAAACGUAGAUUACGUACAUAGGAUUUGUCACUACUCUUUUUAAAGAGAUUAAUGUCUUAUGGGGCCCAUUGAUAAGUUAUGACUAAGGAAAUUGCAUGGCCAUGCUGAGAUGCUUUUAUGAUGUCUGUUCAUAUUAGUCAGAUUUGAUAAAUCAGUGAAUGACUUAAUGGAUACAAGUUGGAUUUUAUUAAUCCCUUGCAUUAAGUUUAGACAUUGAGACAAAGGGAUACAGUUACACGGAGUCUUAGUCGUGGAAAGGUUUUGACGGUGCAAACGUCUUAACUUAUAAUUUGGGGGCAAUAAUGUGUUGCUAGAUAC